UUUCAGGAACUGUAACGACGCACGCACCCGCGAUUCCGAAAGUAGAAUAGAAUAGAAUGAAUCCGACACUGUAACAAGAAUCCUCUGAUUUGUCCUUUUUAACUGCCCAAUGCCGCAAUGCGGGCAUGCCUCUGUAUUCUGUAACCAGGUAACCCCAAUAAAUAGCAAGAGUCAACAAGGGAGACGGCGCCGUUUCAGUGGAAUAUAAGGCCCAAGGUUUCUUGAGAAACAAACGGGAAUUCAGGAAAUGAGAUUUCCGAACCUUUUUGCUGCCCAGUUCCUGGCGCAAACGAGCAGGAGACGAGCUCAACGUUGCUCCAAUGGCGGAUCGAAUCCGAGCUUGGAGAUGUUUUUGGGGUGGAAGCAGUUCUUUGCCACUUGCAGAGAAGAGCCGGAGGAGCUCAAGGACUUCAGCGACUAUCUUGAUUCACUCACCAAUUACGAGAAAUCGGGGGUUCCCAAGGACGCCGGUACCGAUUCCGAUGAUGGGCUCGACCUGGGCAGAAUGCGCCGGCUCAUGACCCGCCUUGGUGAUCCUCAAUCCAAGUUCAAGGUCGUUCACAUUGCUGGAACUAAAGGGAAAGGAUCCACAGCAGCUUUUGUUUCCAACAUUCUACGAGCACAAGGCUAUUCCGUUGGUUGUUAUACUAGUCCGCACAUUAUGAGUAUAAGGGAAAGGAUGACAGUUGGGAAAUCUGGUGAUCCAGUGGCAUCAAAAUCUUUGAAUUGCCUCUUCCAUAAGAUAAAAGGGCAGCUUGAUGAAGCUGUUCAGCUAGAAAAUGGACUGCUGACUCAUUUUGAGAUUCUCACAGCCACUGCAUUUGCGUUGUUUGCUGAGGAGAAAUCAGAUAUUGCUGUGAUUGAGGCUGGUUUAGGAGGUGCUCGGGAUGCAACAAACAUCCUUUCAAGCUCUGAGCUUGCAGCAUCAGUCAUUACAACAAUUGGUGAGGAGCAUUUGGAUGCACUGGGAGGUUCUCUGGAGAGCAUUGCAAUGGCUAAGGCAGGAAUCAUUAAACACGGUGUCCCAACGGUGCUUGGUGGCCCGUUUCUACCACAUAUAGAGCAGAUUAUUCGUGAUAGAACAUCACUGAUGUACUCACCAGUGGUAUCAGCAUCUGAUGCUGGAACCAGGUCCAGCAUUAAAGGCCUCAGCAUGUUGGACUGUAGACCCUGCCAAGUCAACGAUCUCGUGAUACAAGCUCAGGGAGAUCUUCAGCUAUCCCUAGAGUUAUCAGAUGUCCACUUGCAAAUGCUCGGAGAGCACCAGCUUCAAAAUGCCGUGACUGCUGCAUGUACCAUACUGUGCCUCCGUAAUCAAGGGUGGCAGGUUUCAGAUAAAUCAAUUAUGUCUGGUCUGGAGAAUACACAUUUACUUGGAAGAAGUCAGUUUCUAUCAUCCAAGGAAGCUGAUGCGUUAGGGCUACACGGCACAACGAUACUUGUUGAUGGAGCUCACACCAAGGAAUCAGCCAAGUCUUUGAUGGAUACGAUACAGAUGGCAUUUCCUGAUGCUGAACUGGCCUUCAUUGUUGCAAUGGCCAGAGACAAAAACCAUGUAGCAUUCGCCAAAGAAAUUCUCUCAGCUAGAAGAUUGGCUGCUGUGUUCUUAACAGAAGCUGAGAUUGCUGGAGGAAAAUCUCGUACAACAUCAGCGGAGUGGCUGAGAGACCAAUGGCUUCAAGCUUGUAAGGAAGUAGGCAUAAAAUCCGUCCAGGAUAUAGUGCCUGAAGAGCACCACCAAAUGUGCAGCUCUGCCAUGAGAGAAUCAAUGGAAAGCUCAACUCAUUUGGUAGCAGAGAAAUCACUGGCAGUUGCUGUGCAAGCUGCCGGGGGUAUUCUCGGACGAAGAACAAGUGCAGGGAAGAAGAGGCCGGGUGUCGUAGUGAUCACGGGGUCUCUGCAUGCUGUUUCAUCUGUACUGCGUUCUGUUCAGUAA